AUGUCAUUUGUUAAGUCUGUUGAUGCUUCUGAUAUGAUAAAAACUGCCGAUACCUUGUUUAAAUUGUUUGCUGAGGUUAUUGAGUGGGUUGGGUCUAGUAACAUUGUGCAUGUGGUUACUAAUAAUGUUGCAAAUUAUGUAUCUGUUGGAAAACUCAUUCAUGAAAAGUAUCCAAACAUUUUUUGGUCUCCUUGUGCUGCUCAUUGCAUCAAUCUUAUCUUGAAAGACAUAGCAAGUCUUCCUCACAUAGCUGACAUUGCCUCUCGUGCUUCAAAAAUGACUGUGUUUUUUUACAAUCAUAUGAUUUUCUUGUCAUGGCUUAGAAAAAGAAAAGAGUGGAAAGAAAUUGUUCGACCAGGAGUAACACGUUUUGCUACUGUUUUCAUUACUUUGAAAAGUAUAUAUGAUCAUAAAGAAGACUUGCAAUCAUUGGUGAUUGACAAAUAUUUCACUUCUCAUAAAUUAUCCAAGAGUGUCAAUGGGAAGAUGGUUAGUUCAAUUAUCUUGGAUAGUAAGUUUUGGGAGGAUUGUUUUACUACUGUUAUGCUUGUUGGUCCUCUAAUUAAGUUAUUGAGACUUGUUGAUGCUGAUGAGAAACCUUCUCUGGGUAUCGUGUAUGCGGGCAUGCAAAGAGCCAAAAUUAAUAUCAAGACAAUGUUUAGAAAUAGGAAAUCUGCAUACACACCUUAUACAAGUAUCUUGAAAAUGCGGUGGGAUAAGCAUUUGAAGCGUGACCUCCAUGCAGCAGCAUACUUUUUGAAUCCAGAUUACUUCUAUAGUAAGGGGUUUGUUGAGAAGGCAAAUAUCUUGAGGUCUUUACUUGAUUUAUUUGAUAUUGAAACUCUUUGCGAUGACUCGGUUGCCGCAAUGCAAGAGAUACAGUUGUAUCGAGAUCGAAAAGAAAGUUUUGGAAGGGAAAGUGCAUUGAAAGCAAUUAAGAGACUUGAACCUGGUGAAUGGUGGAGGCUACACAGUGGGAGUGCUCCUAACUUGCAAAAAAUGGCAAUUCGUCUUCUUCAUCAAACAUCUUCAUCAUCCGGCUGCGAGAGGAACUGGAGCCUCUUUGAACAAAUCCAUUCAAAGAGGAGGAACCAAUUAGAGCAUCAAAGGCUAAAUGACAUUGUUUAUGUCACUUAUAAUCUACACCUUCAAUCUAGAAUGCAUCACAAGAUGAAGAAUUAUGAUCCAAUUGACAUUCAAAGCAUUGACACAGUAGAUUUUUGGAUAAUGCCAGAUGAAGAUGAUCCUGAAUUUACUAAUGGAGACAUCGAAGACAUUGAAAAUUUAAUUUAUACGGAUAAUGCUAUGCCUUCAUAUCCUACAGAUGGAGGAGAUAUGGAACUUGAUGUGAAUUUUCCUAAUGUUGCUGAUUCUUCAAAUACAGCUUCUUUUGGUGAUACUUCUGAUGAUGGUGGCUUUGGAUUACCUGUUUAUGAUGGAGAUGUUGGAACAUUUAAUGAUAAUUAUGAUUUUUAA